GAAAGUGGUUUGCUAUGUGGUCUGACAAUACAUGAUAUAAGUAAGUACUGUUUCCAAUAUGUUAGUUCACUAUGUCUCGGUACAUGAUCUAUAAGUAAUUCAUACUACUGUUUCUAAGAUUAGUUCACUAUGUCUCAGUACUAUAUCUCAAGUUAUUCCUGUUACUGUUUAAAUAAAAAAUGGUUUACUAUGUGAUCUGACAGUAUAUAAUCUCUACAUUCUACAUUGAUGUUACUGUUUCUAAGACGCGAGUUCACUAGAUACCAGCAUAUAUUCUUUUAGUAAUCGGGGUUACUGUUUCUAAGUAAUUGGUUACUUUGUGGACUGUCAAUACGAGCUGUUUAAGUAAUUACAGGCAUCGGAUCUAAAAUGUUAGUUCAGUCUGUACCAGUACAUGAUCUAUAAGUAAUUCAUGUUACUGUUACAGAUAUAGUUUACGCUAUUAAUUCUAAGAGCAACUAAAUUUGGCAAAAGCUUUAAGUGGGAAAUAUCAUGUAAUUGUAGCAGGGGUUAUUCUCCUCAUACAUGUAUUGUAACUAUAAUAAUAAUUGCAUUUUCCUCAGUUGUAACCAUGCCGAAGAAGCGGCCAGCCGCAAACGAGUCUGCAAAAAUAUCAAAAAGAACUAAAAUUGAUAACCAGUCGGCGAAAGCAGUCAAUCAGCCACUAAGCAUCGAUUACGAGAAAUUAGCUGCAGAGAUUUUGAAACAGCAAAAUGACAGCAAGAAUCAAAACCAUGUAGAAACGGAGGAAUCAGCAGAGUCAACUGUAGCUCAGUCCUCUGGCACUGUGGAUCAACCGAAUAUACCUGACACUAACAAUAACAUCUCUACUUUAAUUAACCAAAUAUUUAAUACAGGUGAGCCAGCAAAACCCAUGGUUUCGCAUCCUAUCUCUCUUUCUGAUGGGAUCCCUCUUGCUGCAGUGGUAGCACAACGCACAAAACAGAAAAUCUGGGAAAACCAGUACAUAGAUUUGCGUGUGUUGCUGCAGCAGCGUGAGGAUCCUGUCUCGUUGAAUAUUGCUGCUGGGUCUGUGACAAUUCAGCAGCAGGGGUCAACAAAACCCAAAACAUCACUGACUAUUAAUCAGUGGACAGACGCUUUCUUGAUUUUCAUAGCAAUAUAUCUUGAAAAAGCUCCGAACCAAGCACUGCAUUUGUUAAAGUAUUGUUUCUUUAUCAGGGAAAUGCACAAAAUGUUAGGGGAGGGGGCUUGGAGAAUUUACGAUGAAAAUUUUCGACAAUUGAAAGAAACAGUAGAUGUGCCAUGGCAAAAGCCGAUCGAGGAACUCAGAGUAAAAGCUGUCACUGGUGCAUAUGUAUACCAUGCAGCCCAACAGCCCUUUCGGAAAGGGUCAAGCAGAGCGCAAAUGCGUUUCUGCUAUGCCUUUAAUAAUGGAGAACAGUGUCAAAAUGACCCAUGCCCUUACUCACACACAUGUCAAACAUGUCAUGGAAACCAUUCAAGAACCAAUUGUAGAGGGAAUAAGAAAAAGCAAUCCUCAAAUAUCAAAUCAAGAGCAUCAACAGCCUCAGGGGGGAUUUCUGCUCCCAACACCAGUUAUCCCAGACAAGCUAAAUGACUUUCUGGUCCAAUACGAUAGAUCUCUUUCAGAUUACUUAGUGCAAGGGUUUAAAAAGGGUUUUCUGUUGGGCUGUGUUGCUGACCCACAUAUAUCUCAUAUAUCAAAAAAUCACAAAUCAACAGCAGAUCACCCCAGUAUCAUUGACGAUUAUGUUCAAACUGGAAUUAAAAAAGGUAGAAUAGCUGGGCCAUUUGAUGAACCCCCUUUAGAACAUUUCACUGUGUCACCUUUAGGAUUAGUGCCAAAAAGUACUUCAGGGAAUUUUAGAAUUAUCCACGACCUUUCUUUCCCUAAAAAUCAGUCUGUUAAUGCCAACAUACCAAAGGAAUUUUCGGCGGUUCACUAUGAUUCAAUUGACAAUAUUGUCUAUUUGGUUCAGAAAUUUGGGCAAUAUAGUUUAAUGGCAAAAUCUGACAUUGAAGAUGCCUUUAGAAUAGUUCCAAUUCAUCCACUAGACUAUCACCUUUUAGGCUUUCGUUGGCGAGAUUCAUUUUAUUAUGAUAUGUGUUUACCAAUGGGAGCAAGUAGCAGUUGUCAGAUCUUUGAAGCACUUAGCUGUGCGUUACAGUGGAUACUGGAAAACGUUUUUAAGGCAGCAGGUAUUUCUCAUAUCCUGGAUGAUUUUUUCUUUAUAGGCCCACCGAACUCGUCACAAUGUAGAGAUGAUCUAACAAGUUUCUUAUUUAUAUGCAAACAAGUGGGUAUCCCGAUAAAGAUGCAAAAAACACAACCCCCUACAACGAAGUUAACUAUAUAUGGGAUUGAGGUAGAUACUGAAGCUAUGGAAUGUAGACUUCCUUAUGAAAAAGUUGUCAAGGUUAACAAAAUGCUAAA